AUGGCAUCCCAUGAUGAGAUCUGGGACGACUCUGGCCUAGUGAACUCAUGGAACGAGGCAUUGGCAGAGUACAAGCAUCACCUAGCUAACCACGGGCCACAACAGAAAUAUCACAGCAUACACGCCGAAGGAGCAGCACUUCCCGAGGGUGUCGCUGGUGAAGUCGAAGAUCAGAGUGCCAAGCCUAGCGGUGCUGCAAAUCUCCAUCAGGAGGAGGAGGACGGCGCGGCACCCGCUGUUGAAGUGAAGGUUAUUAAAGAUCAAAGUCUAACCAAGAAACAGACUACACCCGUCAACACAAUUCAAAACGGACUGGAAACCCAACAAUCUGCUGCUGCUGAACCUACCGCAGCGAGCUUGCCUGGUCCCGGACCCCAACUGAUGUUGGGUUCGGUGCAGGAUGAAGAGCUCAAGAAGCUCUUGAUGUCAUGGUACUACGCAGGCUACUACACCGGUCUCUACGAAGGGAAACAAAAGGCUCUGCAUGAGCAGGCACAGCACACUUACGACGGCCUAUGUUCCAUCGUGAAUAGCUCCAUGCCCAAGCCGGGCUUGCCAGGCUUCAACGAUACCGAUGGCUCUCUUUCUGAUAUACCGCUCACAUCAUAG